CAAUGACGCGAGAAGCAGAUGGUUUGUUUUGGUCACAUACGUUUGUGGUAAUAGAGCCGUGAAAAUCGAAUCUGAGUAUCUAGCAGCCAACUUUAGUGAAGUGUCUACAACUGUGUUAGCAUGGGAAGAAAGUGUAUCGUAGUGGGUUGCGGAGGCGCUGUGGGUUUGCACUUGUUUCCACUGGAUUUAGAAAUUAGGCGCCAGUGGUUACGCGCAAUCGGCGCUGCGGAAAACAGCGAAGUCCCGAUUGAUGCUCGAGUUUGCAAAAAUCAUUUUACCCGCGAUUCCUACGAAAACUUGAUGGAGUUUGAACUGGGCUAUGCUCAACGUCUCCGUUUGAAGAGCGACGCCGUCCCCUCCGUGGCUCUUCCACGAAUUAAUCGAAACCCACCGACUCUGCUGCCUCGUCCUGACGGAAAUGUAGGGCCCCAGUCUGAGAGUGCAUCACGACAGCCACGGACGGUGGAUGUGUCCUGCCAGACAGAUGCUCCUUAUUUGGUUUCCCAAGGGACACAGUUUGCCAAAAGGAGACUCGGACCUCCUCUUCGAAACAAAGGUAUUCAGUCAGCUGCGACGGUCCGGAGUGUGGCUGUUGGCCCAAGUCGCCGUUUACUUCCUGUUCCUUUUCCUUCAACUCCUUUGAGAAGUUUCAAGGAAGCAAAAAGACCUCGUCUGGAGUUUGAAGAGCAGGAUAUUUCUACUAGAUCCGCUAACCCUGACUCAUCAUACCACUCUGCACAACCCGUUACGGCCAGCACAGAUUCCUCUUGGCUUAGUCCCACAGCAGCAACAUCAUCAUAUGAAGAUGCAAAAUUCAUUGUUUUUGAGAAAUGCCUCCUCAGCCUAUUCGAGACGUGCCCUGCGUGCACAAGAGACUGUAACGUCCAAUCACGCAGAAGAGGGACGCUCUUGACUGUUGAGCAGCUCUGCCCACAUUGUCGGUUCUUCCGACGGUGGAAUAGCCAGCCAAUCAUCAGGAGCACCCCCGUGGGCGACCUUCAGCUGUCUGCUGCUGUACACUUCUGCGGUGAAUCGUUUGAAAAGACGAGGAAGGUGUUUGAUGCAAUGCGUCUGAAAACUCACACCGAUGAUGUAUUCAGAAGACAUGUCAGCUCCUACCUUGAGCCUGCCAUAAUACACAGUUGGAAUGCAAAGCAAUGCACGGCUCUUCAGUCACUGACCGAAGAAGACCAGGUCAUCAUAGGAGGGGAUAUGUGUGCAGACUCGCCAGGACAUUCAGCAAAGUAUGGGUGCUACAGUGUGAUGAACAUGCAGCGCAAUCAGAUUAUAGACAUACAGUUGGUGCAGAGCAACAAGGUUGGAGGAAGCAACCACAUGGAGAAGGAGGGUCUAAGAAGAAGCUUGGAACUCCUAGAGGGCAGUGGUGUGAAAGUGGAAAGUAUAAUAACGGAGCGCCGUCCUCGGGUGCAGAAGUUCUUGAGUGAGCGCGAGAUGAAGCACUAUUACGAUGUACGGCAAAUGGCUAAAGGUUUGUCCAAAAAGCUACACCGACUUGGCAAAGACAGCGACUGUGGGCAAGUAAAAAAGUGGCAUAAAAGCAUCAUCAACCACCUCUACUGGUGCGCUGUUGGUUGUGCAUCUGGGGCCGAGAAGGUUUCGAGGUGGAAGUCCAUCUUGAAUCAUAUACAAGACAUACACAUUCACUCAGAUCCAGCUUUUCCAAAGUGCUUGCAUCGGACGAGGGUGUCGAAGGACCCCAACAAGUGGUUUAAACCAGGUACUGCUGCACUCAAACGAUUAGAAAGGGUGUUGACAACCAAGCGGUUCCUUAGAGAUGUGGAAAAUCUAAGCCCCCACUACCAGACCUCUUCCUUGGAGUCCUUCCACAAUGAACUUCUGCGUUCUGCUCCAAAAGAUGCUGUUCUCCCCUUCACUGGAAGGCUAUGCAGGUUGUACCUUGCUGCAAUGCACUACAACGAGAAUGCAGAUCGCCCACGAAAGAGGCCCUCAAACAGGUAUCCCCUCUUGUUCCCUGAGGCCAAGAAUGGAGGGCACCCAGGAAAACAAGUGAAGAAGGAGCCAACCAACUUCUACGUCUUCAACUUGAUCCAUUUGGUCUUCACUGAGGUUGUCCAUGACCCACAGCCUUUCGUGUGUGCAGUGACGCUGAUUGAUGUACCUCAGGACAAACCUGCCUUGGAUGAUGCUGUAGCUGCAUGUGCCACACUUCAGUGAAGGGAAGGUCUGAAGUCGGUGCAGUGCUCUGUGGCAUCAGGAAAAUCCCUCCCUAUUCCAAGCACCUCAUAGGAGGGAAUCACUAUAAGGACACUUCUGCCAAGGAAACCCCAGCUAUCCCCAAACUAUCUGUAUCUGCUUUGCUUACAGAAAUAGUCAGGUGGAAAAUGUUUUUGUUAUAAAUUUUUUUAAGCUGGAUCAAUUUGUUUUGUAGUACAAGAGUGGAAUGUGUUUCAGUUCCUCUUGGUUGUGAGAUGUGUACAUAAUAAAAAUAAAAACCUUUGUUAUAAACAUC